AUGUCAACGAAUACAUUAAAUGAAAAUUUUCACAAAUUUCUUAAAACUAUUUAUGAUUGGCCGGAGUCAACAAUAAACAAAAAUGUUCUUAUUCAAAUGCUUGAAAAAUUAUGUCAUGAAAACUCUGAUUUAGAACAUAUUUACCAAGAAGUAUUAGCACCACAACUAGAUCAGCAAUCUUCAAAUCAUAAUAUCGAUGAAAAUUCUCUAGUACAACCAACAGAAAUGCAUACUAAACAACCAGCUGUUCAAAAUGUUGUUAAACCAUCGAAUUUUAGCAAUUGUCAAGCAACAAUAAAUGAAGAUUCUCAUGUUGAAAAAGUAUCAAACCCUUUACUAAAUAUUGUUCCAAGUAAUAAAUUAGUUAAGGAAGGAAAUUUAACUGUUAGAAAAGGUUCUACAAUUUUAUCACCUUUAUUAAAAAAACAUGGAUCAAAAACAAUUGUUUAUUGUGAAUUAUCAUAUGAAUAUUGUCAUAAUGAAAAAAUUGUUUAUCUAGUUGUUUAUGAAAAUCGAAAAAGUCGAAAAUUUUUAUAUAAAUUUAUCAUAGAUCUUAAUUGUACAUUUGUUUAUGAAUGGAUAAAUACCAUAUUCUAUUGA